GACGUCCCAGUUCCUGCUCUUAUAAAUGUGCUCGAAAAAGGCGCUUCGGUACCGAGAAUGAGAGAGAUACUAGCGAGACAUCAGACGACAAGACACGGGACCUGUCAGUCCUUUAGUUUUUAUUUCAAUUUCCACGUUUCUCCAGGUGUGUUAUCGUAGGAAAUAAGAUGGCCACGUCCGCCAGCGCCACACUGAGUAAAGCUGUCAAGCAGCAGUACAUGGAGCUCCCUCAGGGGGAUAAAGUCCAAGCCAUGUAUAUCUGGAUUGAUGGAACUGGAGAGGGGCUCCGGUGCAAAACCAGGACGCUGGAUUUUGAGCCCAAGAGUAUCGAAGACCUGCCUGAGUGGAACUUUGAUGGCUCCAGUACCUACCAGGCUGAGGGCUCCAACAGCGACAUGUAUCUGAUUCCCGCUGCCAUGUUCCGCGAUCCCUUCCGUAAAGACCCCAACAAGCUGGUGCUGUGUGAAGUGCUGAAGUACAACGGCAAACCUGCAGAAACCAACCUUCGACUCACAUGCAAGAAGAUGAUGGAGAUGGUGGCGGACCAGCAUCCCUGGUUUGGCAUGGAGCAGGAGUAUACCAUUCUGGGCACAGACGGACACCCUUUUGGCUGGCCAUCUAAUGGAUUCCCUGGACCCCAAGGUCCAUACUACUGUGGUGUGGGAGCUGACAAAGCCUAUGGCAGAGAUAUAGUGGAGGCCCAUUACAGAGCUUGUCUGUAUGCUGGAGUCCAGAUUUGUGGCACAAAUGCAGAAGUGAUGCCUGCUCAGUGGGAGUUCCAGGUUGGCCCUUGUGAAGGGAUCAACAUGGGUGAUCAUCUGUGGGUGGCACGCUUCCUCCUGCACCGUGUCUGUGAAGAUUUUGGGGUUAUUGCCUCAUUUGACCCCAAGCCAAUCCCUGGUAACUGGAACGGUGCUGGCUGCCAUACAAACUUUAGCACAAAGGAGAUGCGGGAAGAUGGUGGCUUAAAAGCCAUUGAAGACUCCAUUGAGAAGCUUGGGAAGAGGCACAGCUAUCACAUCCGUGCCUAUGAUCCUAAAGGGGGGCUCGACAACGCCCGUCGUCUCACUGGCCACCAUGAAACCUCAAACAUCAACGAAUUCUCCGCUGGUGUGGCCAACCGUGGUGCCAGCAUCCGCAUUCCUCGCAAUGUCGGCCAGGAGAAGAAGGGCUACUUCGAGGAUCGCCGCCCAUCUGCCAACUGCGACCCGUAUGGUGUGACAGAGGCCCUCAUCCGCACUUGUUUGCUGAACGAGGAAGGAGAGGAACCUGCGGAUUACUAAAACCACAACUCAUAGACUGACUCCCACUGCCCUCCUGACUUGUGUUUUCUUUAAACUAGUACUGUCUAUUUUUUUAUUUUUUUUCCUCCCACUGAGAUGAUUUUUAACUUUAAUUUUAAUGGUUUAAAGUUGGCUGGUCAACUUAAAACAUGACAAGGUAAUGAUAUCCUUGGUAGUUAUGAGCAGGUAAUGGCAGGGUAUGUCUUCCCCUCUUUAGAAGGGAUCAGCUUUUGUAACUGUUUUAUAGCCCAUGUCAUAAUAUUCCCUUUUUUGUCUUUUGGUGACUAAAAUGAACUAAAGCACACGGACGCUAGCGUAUAGAGCUGCUAAGGCUGGGCAGCAUAUGUAACUUAAUAAAUCUGACUAGUUCAUGUACUGUGAAUAUGUUGACCUGCCUUUUCAACUAUCCAGUCUUCAAUGUUACUAAUUCUUUGAUUUUACGAAGCGUCUAUUUUUUAAAUGGCAACGUUUGUCUUCAGAUACUGACAGUGGGUCAACUUGUAUGGUACACUUGGAUGUCUGUACCCAGACGUAUGUUGUUCAAAUGUGGUUGAUCUGUCCAUAAUGCCAUUUGUAGAUUUCCUCAAGGAGUUUUAUCCUUUUGUUAACUGAGAUAUUGUAAUGUACCUGAUUUGGUAAAACAUCACGUUUACUGAA